AUGUCCAAGCUAGGUAAGAAGGAAAUAACAGAGGACUUGCUACAUUAUGAUCCCAGAAAUUGGUCUAGGGCCUUUUUCCAAACUCACUCCAAGUGUGAUGUUGUAGAAAAUAACAUGUGUGAGACUUUCAAUUCUUGGAUCUUAGCUGCUAGACAUAAAUCAAUUAUUACCAUGUUAGAGGAUAUUAGGCAUAAAAUGAUGAACAGACAUAUAGACAUGAUCAAAUUUGCUGAAACAUGGAUAUCAGACAUUGCACCUAUGGCAAGGGCAAUACUAGAAAGAAACAAGGAGUAUUCAAAUAAUUGUAAUGUUCAAUGGAAUGGGUUGAAUGGUUUUGAGAUUAGUGAGGGGGAAUAUUCAUUUGUUAUUGACUUGGAGAAGAAACAUUGUGACUGUAGGUUGUGGAUGUUGAGAGGUAUUCCUUGCCCUCAUGCUAUUUGUGCUUAUUAUUACUUGAAUCAAGAUCCUGAUCAACAUGUAGAGCACUGGUAUAAGAAGGAAACAUUUCUCAAGGCUUACAUCCAUUUUAUCCAACCUAUUCCCAAUAUGAGGAUGUGGCCUAAAACUACAAAUCCAUCAAUAGAGCCUCCAAAACCAAGAAAAAUGCCAGGCAGACGUGGCAAGAAGAGAAGAAAGAGUAAGGAUGAGCCAAAAAAAUGGAGGAAACUUUCAAGAAAAGGAGUAAAGAUGACAUGUACCAUAUGCAAGAAAACUGGUCAUAACAAAGCUGUGUGUGCAAGAGUUAGAACACAAUCAAGUCAACAAAGUUCUGUUUGUGCUGAUACCACUGUUGUGCCAAGAACUACUCAAACAACAAAUCUGUGCCAAGACGUCCUCAAAAUAGGGUUCAAGUUGGGACUGGAAGAGGAUUGGGAAGAAAAAAAGCUAAUGUAA